CAGUGAGGUGCGUGAGGCCAGUUAGACCGCGGCCGUAUACAGCCCGGCUGGCGCGCACAACGUGCACAACGCGCCACUACCUCGCGUGCUACCCGCGUCGCCGGACCUACACGAUAAUAAUACAUACCGGCAGUUGCGGAAAUGUGCAAACAUGUGGUACUCGUUCCUAUGAUGACCGUCGAUUCACUUCGUUUGAUAGCAGCAAUGCAGAAGAAGACGUGCAAGCCGGCCAUGCUAGGCCGCGUGUGGUCGGCGAGUCGGCGCGCGCUCAGCCUAGAGCACACUCCUGCGCAUCAGUUCAGCUGCUGUCAGUGGCAGACGCAGCAGCGGCCGCCGGUCGCCUACCUUAUAUACAGAUGGAUUCUGUUCAUCGGUGUGGUAUCGGUUGGCAUCGCGAGCUUCGCCUGCCAACAAUUACCAAAGCAAUACGAGGGAAAAGUUGAGCUAAAGUACAUGAAGUGGUUCAUAUACUUCACCAACUGGGGGUUCAUGGUGAUCGCCCUGCAGUCGGGCCUGGCCCUGGCGGUCGUGCAUCGGUACAGAGCGGAGCGGACACUCAAUCUGUCGUGGGAGGGUACAUCGAGCGGACGGCGACCACGGACGCCUCUCCUAUGCCGAAGCUACUGGCUGGCGCACACUGUGGCCACAGACCUCGCCUUCGUCAUCACGCUCGUCUACUGGACGCUAGUCUAUGACCCGAAAAUGCAUGAAAUAAAUGCGCUAAAUCUUCUAGUCCAUGGCGGCAACUCCGUAGUCAUGUUGGUAGAAUUGGCAGUGACGGCGCACCCCGUGCGAGCAGCCCAUGCGCUCUAUGGCGCCGGGGCAGGCCUGGCCUACGGGCUCUUUAGCGCAGUCUACUGGGCUGUCGGGGGCACAGAUCGGGCUGGUCUCACUGCCAUAUAUCCCGCGCUGGAUUGGAAUAAACCUGGCUCAGCAUUCGGGUUCGUAGCGCUGUGCGCCGUGGUGAUGGUGAUGGCGCACGCACUCGCGACGUGCGGGGCGGCGCUGCGCGGGCGCCUGUCCGCGCGCUUGCGCGUUGGACGCCAGCAGCAGCAAGAUCGGCAGGCGUUGCCGGCCUACUGAGGAUAGGAUAAGAUACGCUUAGAAUAAGUAGUUUAUGGAAAACAAGUAUCUAAGCAUUGAGUUUUAGGUUACACGGGCAGGCCCGUGAUGCCUAUCAACACUGGCUUCUUGAGUACCUAGGUAUUGAAUUCAUUUUACAAUUUAUAAAUUCAAGUCCUAAUACAUAUAGAUUCCCAACUAGCGGGUCCCAACAGUUAAAUGAAUGUUUCUAGUGCUUGAUAGGUAUUUGCCGUAAAUUUCUAAGUUUACAAAAAUGGUCAUUAUCUAUUUGCCCUCGUACGUUAUGUUGUUUACCUACACAACCACCAUCAUAAUAUCGGUAUAAUCAUCACUACCACCAAAAAUUUACGAUGAAUUGCCAGUAUAAGCGAUAAUAAUAGGGGGUAUUACUGCAAUGUUCUGCCACCAGAGUGCAGCACUAGCCCCUUUAGUAAACCAUAGAGUAACUUAUAUAAUGUCGUCACCCUUAUUACCUAGACAAUAGAGUCCAAGUAAGUAAAUUAAUUGCUGCAGGGUAGAUGUUCGCGCACCGCCGCGCGGGCAAGCGAAGCGCGGCGAAUGGUUUGCCGCGCUCGCCCGGCGGUGGACUCUAUUGCCAAGGCAAUAAGGGUGCAUGACGACAUUUUGCCUAAAAUACCAAUAUCACAGUUCUGCAAUGGAAUUCCACUUGGUGCCCAAUGUGCCCAUAUAAUGAAAUAUAGUAGAUAUAAAGACCUAUUAAAUGAGAUCUCUCAACUGUUGAUUUUUGGACCAUUUUGACGCAUAGUCCUUUAGAAUUACGUUUUCUAUUGGCACAUGGCUAGUUCCCCGGGUCAUUGAACAAUGUGCGUCAACCACUGGGUAAAAAAUGCUAGAUAGCUUGACCUGACUUCUCAGACCACGCAAAAUAAAACAGGAUAAAGGUCGGAAUUUAACAGAGUACAAUUUAGAAAUAAUAAUUAUUUCAGCAAUCAAUGCACUGCCAUUUGCAUCUGAAAGUUCUAAAAAAUGAUGGGUCUCAUGUAGUGCCUAAGUAGAUUAAUACUCGUAGAAGUAGUUGUCAGUAGACAAUUUGAACAGUCCUAAUUAUAGCGUUGGAUCAAUUUACAUUACUUUCUUGACUUCAUGAGUAUAUCGCUUGAGUUAGCCACCAACUCGAUUAAAUUUGUCCACAUAUCUUCAUAUCUAAUAUGUUAUAGGUAUACUGGACAAAACACAUGUAUUUAUUUUUAACAAUUCACAGAAUUUUGACAGGUUUUAAUUUUAUUUCGGUCUAAAUACUAGUGGGAAGAUAGCGCCUGUUGAAAACGUAUUCUGUGCUAGCGAGUUAGCCCUAGUUAUGACGGUUUCAUUAUUCUCAGGAGUUUAGGAUGGUCCUUUUUUAUUCCGUCAAUAUAAGCUACGUGUUUUAACGUUAGUUGAAAGCAUUUAUGAAAAAGCUUGUUAAGUUUAGAAAAUCGCUGUCACCUGUAGGUGCUCACGGUUUGUUUAGAGAUUCGAUUCGAGGUGAUAUUUUAAGAUUUGUCGCUGUUAGUAUAUUAUAUCACAUUAGGAGCAAAGAAUUAUUCAUUGUGUGUUAAGUGUAAGAAAAAAUCGCACACCCGAAGUAGAUGUCGAGCUGCGGCGUCAUAUGUUUUAUGGUAACAUAUCAACAGGGCGCGUAGCCAACGUGCCAAUAGUUAACGCUGCGUAGCGUAUCGCAGUCAUCUCUCUGUAUAACUCUUCCCCACUAGUGCGACAGACAUUUCGUUCCCUACGGAGCAUUGCACGUUGGCUACGCACCUCGGUAUAAUAGCCACUGAAUAAUGUACAUAUAGUCCUCCACAUCGAUUUUGAUGACGGCGACCACAGCAAUCAAGGGUUUUUCCUCUUAGGAGCUCUUAUGUGGCUGGCCAGGCCAAACUUCGCAUAAUGUAUGGAGCUGUCCAACCCCAUUUACAUAAGCUGUCAAAUCAAAGCAAGAAUUUGACAUAGACGUUUGUUACACGUCAUACAAUUAAUGAAUCUUUUAUAUUAGUGCAGGUAGCAACGUUUUAAUAAUUGUUAACAUUAUUACCGUACAAACGCCAAACACAAAUGCGUAAGUAAUUCGUUCAAACAUUGGUGUUAAGAAAGCAUUAUGUGUUUGAUUUUGCGCCACUUAUGUAUCUAGAUUAGGUACAGUCACGCUCAGUGAUUGUUAUGCCAUUUGUUAGGGUUCAAGCUAAAUUGGACAUUCCAUAGCGUAUGUAUGGAACAACCAAUUUAGCUAGGACCCUAAAUAGCAUAACAAUCUCUGAGCGUGAUGGUACAUGGGCGUCAAAUUCUGUUUCAUUCUAUAUAACAUAACAAACACUGCACUGCCUAUUGUUUUAUACACAUGAUAAAGAUGGAACACAAUUAAUGUGGGUUGGGGUAAGAUUGAAAGCGUUUUUCAUGAGGGGUAAGACAAAAGAAAAACCCUUUCAAUCUUCGCCCAACGCACCUUACUUAGUUUUUCUCAGUGAUGCAAGUCUCUCAAAUGAAGUUACUCAGUGAUUUAGAUUUAUUAUUAAAAAAUACAAGUAUUUUAUUAAAUUAAUUAUAUAUUAUGUAAUGUAAUGAUUCGUCUAUAUUUUUAUAAAUAAUAUAAGAAACAGUAGUUUUCAUGUUGAAAUCUGGAGGUUAUAGUUUCAUUUUCAUUAAAUCAAUUUGGUCUCAUACCAAAAACUUUAUAAAUAAAUAGUAAAUAAUAUGAAUGGUAUUAUUUAGACAAAUAAUAAAUUUGUGAUAAAAUGUGAUUAGCUAAUUAGCUAGCUUACCCGAAACUUUAGGUUAGGUGGAAAUUCCUUUAAAUGUGUGGUAAAGCCAAAUGGUUAAAAAAAUUACACCAAAUAAGUACCUACUUAUGGAAUUUUUCGUGGUAAUCUAGCGAAAUUUGCACUUUGGGUUAUAGAACCUUGUUCUUAUAGAACGAUUGUAUUGUUUAUGCAUUUGUGUAUACCUACUCGUAAGCCUUUGCCAUAAGACAGCUAAUAAAGUCAUUUAUCUAAUUAUUUAUUUUACUCAUAAAGUAGCUAGUUUAUUUAGGAAUGGUUAAAACUCACGGUUUCAAAGCACUUUGUACAGUCAUCAGCCAAAAUGGUCAAAUAUAUCGGAAAUCAUACUUAUUUAAAUAAUAAAAAAGGUGUAUUACGAAAUAUUUGGCUAUUUGGCCAUCACUAUUUGUUCGAUGACUGACAUACCUAAUUCGGAAGUCCUUCAGGGAUAAACAAACGCGCCUAGAAGUAGGUACAGUGAUUUAACACGUGAGUUGAACUGUUAUUAAUAACAUAAGAUGAAUGAAUUGUUCCUAGCCAUCGCUUGCAUAAGCAAUCCUGUGACCAUAUGUGAGCAAUAAUGUGAAGCAAUAGUUAGAUGUUUAAGUUAUGGUAUCUCUCGUGGUUUAAAAUAAAUAGGUACCUUUUUUAAUAAAUAAAUAUGUGAACAUUGAGAGCAACAGUUACUCUGGAUUUUGUAGGUACCUAUGAAACAUCGAAUGCUCAUUAAGUUGUCUUAUAGUUACCUAGGCAAAUGAUUGUGUCCUAUUAUUAUUAAGAAAAUUAUGGUGAUCAUAAUAAAUAAAAAAUACGUAUGUAAUUUAGCAAAAA